AUGGCUCGUGGACUGCAGAUAAAAGAUGAAGACAGUGGCUAUAAUAAAAACCUAUUUUGCAUUCCUAAGUUGGAAUUCUAAGGCAUUCUAAGUAGGAAUUCCUAAGUAGAAGAAGACUUAGAAAGAGUUUUCAUUCCUCAUGGACUCAUCCUGGACAGGACAGAACGCUUGGCUAGAGAUAUCAUGCAAGAUAUGGGAAACCACCACAUUGUUGCACUCUGUGUCCUUAAAGGAGGCUAUAAAUUCUUUGCUGAUUUGCUGGACCAUAUAAAAGCACUAAAUCAAAAUGGUGAUAAAUCUGUCCCCAUUACUGUGGAUUUUGUGAGAAUAAAAAGCUACUGUAAGGAUACACCUACAGAAAAAAUCAGUAUUGUUGGAGAAGAACUGUCUACACUAAAUGGGAAGAAUGUGUUAGUAGUAGAGGAUAUUAUUAAGACUGGUAGAACAAUGAAGGCACUACUUUCAAAACUAAAAGACAAUGAACCAAAGAUGGUAAAAGUCUUAAGCUUGCUCAUCAAAAGGAUAUACCGAAGUCCAGGCUAUAGACCAGACUACAUAGGCUUUGAAAUUCUAGAUAAGUUUGUGGUUGGAUAUGCUCUUGACUAUAGCGAAUACUUCAGAGAUCUAAAUCACAUCUGCAUUCUGAUAGAGAGAGCCAUACAGAAAUAUAAAAGCUAG